GCAGCAAUGCACGCCACACGGACGCACUGUUCAUCGGGAGAUGCAUUCCGUCAUUGUGCUGCACCUGGUCCUGCUGGCCUGGGGAAAGCGACCUCCUCGCGCUGUAGAACAUAUAUCGAGCAUCUCCGUCCGCCGUGAAACGUGGACUCUCCGACGGCGGAAGCAGCUUUGGCUCAUCCCGAGGUCCUCUCGAGCAGCACAGUGGAGACAUGACUAUCCCAAGUUCGCUCUCCUCCGCCUCGCUUCUACCAUCCCCUCAGACCGCUCUUCCGCCCACCAUCUUCUCCUCCCGUCCAAGGGAUGCUUGUGCGAGCCUACGAUGGAACCAUCGUCUAUCCGAGAGCCAACAGCUCUUCAGAGAGCUGCCACACUCUGCUCACAUGAUUCAAUGCUCAUGCGGGCUCGAGCCCAUUUGUCCCUCGUGCUCCGCGACCACGAUGGUCCUGUCAAGGUGUGGUGGGCAGAGGGCGAAUCACCUUGUGUAGACGGCUCUCGACGCUCCUCUGCCAGACCGCUAGCCGGCAAGGCAUGAAGCCGCGCCCAUCUCAGCCGUUUCGCCACGGGAAUCGCAGAGCUGGCCCAGCUGCUGUGGCCAGGUACACCACCCACCAGGGAGCGUAUUCUGCCGUACGCUCCGUUGGUGGGAUCAAUGCGGUUCCGGGCGAGCGGUCGUUGUUCCGGCCUCAACAAAUCCUAUCAGAAUCGUCCAGACGUGCAUCCUAUUACAGAAGCUCUACCAAUCGAAGUGUGUAUGUCGCUAGCUACGCUCGCGUUACCCUGCCGAAGAGGGGCUUCUGAAUCAUGCUCAGGAUACGAGCUCCCCGCAAAUUUGCCAUCCAGAGACCUGAUCCGUCCUCAAGAUCGAUGGCAAAUCCAGAUUCCGGGUAGACGAGGAGAGUGGAGUCCGUCCAAGGAGCUCAAGGCCGGGCGCAGCUCGCGGUUUGUAGCGGAUACAUAACCCUCAG